AAGAGUGUUUGAGAAAUCAUCAAACGGGUUGUUUAUUUGUCGCUAACAGGAUGCACAGCAGCCCGAAUGAAGGAGUGGUUAAUUUGUCAGCUUCCCCGGCUCAGUAUGGUCUAGCUCGCCAGUUGUCUCCGGGUUACUUUCGCGCUGGUCAUCCAUUUACCGCUCUGACAUUGUGGAAUUCAUUAGCAGCUAGUCGUUAGCAACCCACCAGCGCUAACUUACUAGCAACCAGCUAGCAGGUAUCCGUAGGCAUCAGCACCUCGCAACAGCUGUUGAGACUAAUACAAACGCCCAAGCACAGAGUGCCCGUCCUGACUGGCUAUGGAGUGGUGUUGGCUUCAGACUGGAUGACAGGGUCUACAGGGAGGACAGGGUCACACAGUUUCUAAAGAAGCAGUGGGCUUCUCCUAGAUGUACACUGACUGGCAGUGACAACCCUUGCAGCCGACCUCCUUCGCCUUCUUCACUCUUUUUGGAUACACUCUCCCUCCCCUUUAUCCCCCUUCUCUCCUCCCCUCCUCGUUCUUCUUCCCACAUCAUCUUUCUCUGCCCUCUUAAUUUCUUUCUGCUUUCUCUCACGCUCUGACCUUUUACUGGAACUCCUUGCUCCCCCCUGUGAGUUCCUUUAACUUUUCACCUGCCUCCCACUGGGUCCAGUAUGAGCUGGCUGAGCAGGUUGAACCCGCGGGGUCCCGGGAGUCGACCCGGGCGGAGCACCGCACCCUCCAGUCCCUGCACUGCUGACCCAGAGACUUGCCUUAUGGUGUUUGAGAACCACUGGAGACAGGUAUCUUGGGUGUUGGAGCAGCACGAGCCUUCAUCUUCCAGCGAUGACCUGACAGCAGUGAGGAAUCACACAGACCAGAUGUUGUGUCUGUUGGCAGAGGAGAGGCCUGCUGAGAGCUCAGACGGCGGCGCCAGCAUGCCACCCAUGGGUCCCAUACUGGAGCUGGUGGUCACUGAGAAUAUUCUGGAGUGCCUGGUUCAGUGGCACCUCCGCCGCGGCCUGGACCCAGACAGCCAGGGAGCACUGCUUAAGCUAUUUGAGAUGCUCAUUGGCCAGUCCCAGCAGCCUCUGCUGCAGCACACAGCCAUUCUCCACCCCCUGCUGAGGCUGCUGGGAGCUUGCGCUGACCCAGAACUUGGUUGUCCUUCAGUUCUGGAAAACAGCCUGGUACUGCUGCUUAACCAGAUCUGCGUAACCAUGGCCCGGCAGCCGGUGGUUCUAGAGAUGUUGUUCCGGGCAGCACCAGCCCAGCAGGGCUCCACCAAUCUGCUGAUCUUCUCACUCCUCGUGCCAUUCAUCCACCGUGAUGGCGCCAUUGGCCAGCAGGCCCGAGACGCGCUGCUGCUAGUAAUGGCGGCCUCAGCCAGCCACGAGGCUGUGGCUCGCUACAUCGCUGAGAACUCCUACUUCUGCCCAGUGUUAGCAACGGGCCUCAGUGCCCUCUACUCCUCUCUGCCCAGGAAGAUUGAGGUUCGAGGAGAUGAUUGGCACGCUCUGCGGCGAGAGGACUGGAUCGGUGUGUCGUCGCUUGUGCUGUUUAUGAACUCGCUGGAGUUCUGCAACGCUGUGGUUCAAGUCGCUCAUCCCCUGGUCCGCUGCCAGCUCCUGGACUACCUCCACAAUGGCUUCCUCGUACCUGUCAUGGGCCCUGCCCUGCAUAAGUCGUCGGUGGAUGAAAUGAUCGCCAGCACCGCCUACCUGGACCUUUUCCUGCGUAGUGUGACAGAGACUUCCCUCCUCAAAACCUUCCUGCGCUUCAUCCUGCUGCAUCGCCACGACAAUGACACCAUCCUGGACACACUGCUCACACGCAUCAGCAGCAAUUCUAGGCUCUGCAUGGUAUCACUGAGCCUCUUCAGGACUCUGCUCUCCCUGCACUGUGAAGACAUCAUGCUGCAGCUCGUUCUCAGGUAUCUACUGCCCUGCACCCAUGUAAUGUUGAGUCAGCGUCGUGCCAUCAAGGAGACUGACCUUUAUGGAAAGUCAGCAGAGAAGUUCCUGUCGCUGAUCCCAGAGUGCUGCCGUCUGAAUGCAGCAUCCUCUGCUGAGCGAGAUGAGGACAGUGCAUUCUGGGGCAAAGUGCUGAACAGUCCAAGCACAGAGUCUCCGGCCCCGCACAGACCCAGCACCCCAUCCCGCUUAGCCUUCUUCAUCCGCCAACCAAGCAGUGGAGGAGGAUCAGGAGGAGGGGGUCCCUCUACCCCCACCAGCGUGGAGCCGUUGCAGUCGGGUCCUGCCAGCUCCCAUCCCUUGUCCCCUGACAGCCCGAUGCAUCAGCAGCAGGCACACAUAGAGUGUCUGGACUGGGACUCGGGUUACUUGGAGUACCUCAAAGAUGCCCGGCGGGGCAUCGAGCUCUGCUCCUGGGCCUGCCGUGACUGGUCAGCACCCUAUGAUGGAGAAAACCCCUCCCCAAACACAGCCCCUCCUCCCCCGCCUCCCCCUACCUCCAACCCCUCCAUGACUCUGUUCCCAGAGCACUUCUCUUUACAGCAGGGAGGAAACAGUAACACCCCUCCAGGCCAGCAGAGGGCAGCCAUUGUGGCUGCUGCACGGUCCGAGUGGAGCAGCUCAGAGCGGGACAGUGGAGAGUGGGACAUUACGAUCGGUAAAAACAGUUGCAUCAGCCUCACGCCACGCUCCAAGAAACGCAGCCUGCAGAGAGAAGAGCUCCUGCCUAAGCCUGUACCUCCUCUCAUCCCGUCCACCUCAUCUUCAGCCACCCCUCUGUCAGCUUCACACCCCGCCUCAUCCCCGGCUCCUCACAUUCCCACCUCUGCCAUCACUGUUAGCUACCAGGCCAUGUAUAAUGGAACCAUGGGACAGGGAGAUGGGUGCUCAGACAGUCGGGACAGAGGCCUGGAGGUAAAGAAAGUGAAGAGAGACUUGGGGGAGCAGCAGUAUUUGGAUGAAAAUGCAAAUCAAAAUGGAUCCCUCAUCGCACGUCCCUCCCAAAGCUGCACCAGUCUGCCACAGUCCAUUUUCAGCAACAGUGACAUCAGUGAUGCAAAAUCUCUUUGCCCUAAUCAGAUUCCCUCACAGAGCUCCAUUUCCCAACCAACGUCUGACACCAAACUGCUGACCAGCGACACCUCAAACCUGCACAAUGCAUCCUCAGAUCUUCCAGAAGCCAACCAGAUGCAACAAUCUGUAGAGAGUCUAAUUGAAGAGUUGCUGGAGCAGGCACCAGGAGACCCACAGCUCUCCGGAGACUCCAAUGGUCAGGGCAUCAGCAUCGAGGCCUUCACACAGGAACUGAGGGAGCUGGAAGACCGGGUGAAGGAACGUGGCCGAGCAGCCUGCCAGCAGGAGGAGACGGCCAGAGAGUCCCUGACCGCUGAGCGGCAGGAGGAGGAUCAACAGCUGGCCUCGGCCCUGGAUGUGAAGCUGACAGGUGACAUAAAAGGAGAGGGGUCUGUGGUGGGCGUCUGUAGUCCUGCCAGACCACUAAAUCAACCUGCCUCUCAGCCAUACACAGGUCCGUUCAUGGUGGUUCUGUUUGCCAAGCUGGAGAACAUGCUCCAGAACUCGUUGUACGUCAACAUCCUGCUCACAGGCAUCGUGGCCCAGCUGGCCUGCUAUCCACAGCCCCUCCUACGUUCCUUCCUGCUUAACACCAACAUGGUCUUCCAGCCUAGUGUGAAGUCACUGAUCCAGGUUCUAGGUUCUGUCAAGAACCGUAUCGAGGCGUUUGCAGCCUCCCAUGAGGAUUUCCCUGCCAUGCUGAAGAAAGCCCAGCAGUACCUCGUGGCCCGAGGCAAAGUGGACUGGACUGACUCGCCUGCAGCUGUUCCCACCCUGCGGCGCUCUGACUCACUAGUGAAGAGUCGUAAGCCAUCUCUCGGAGACCUGAUCCUUCGUCACACCAACAGCCCGACUCGCGCUCGGCACGCCGCUCAGCUGGCCCUCGCGCACGUACGGGACGGCGGCCAAUCACUGCACAGCGCUCUGUUCCGGGGCAGCGGAGGUGGAGGGGCAUCUGGCCUGGAGAAGCAAGCCGAGGCUCUACGAGUGAAGAACGCCGUCUACUGUGCCGUAAUCUUCUGCGAGUUCCUCAAGGAGCUGGCCGCCCUAGCUCAAGAGCACGCAGUCACCCUGCCCUUCCCUCACAGCCAGGAGGCAGAGGAAUAGACGGUAAACACAGACUCCUCAAAUCCAGCUCUUAGCCACCAUUUCUUUUUGAUUAGGCUGUAAAAAGAGUUAUGUAGGAUUCUCCCAUCACCAGAGGACAGACUGGAGCACUGAGAUUUUCAUGUCACUGAAGUUGGUCGUCUGCAAUGACACAGAAAAAAGCAAGAGGUAAACAGUGGCAUUUUCGUACCAAAAUCAUUAAAGGAUACUUAUAGGAGUGGAAGAAUUUUCCUCAUCUGUAAACUUAUAUGAUAUUGUGCAUAUCAUGUAUUAUAUUUACAUUCUAUACAUAGGAAAUCUCAGUAAACGCUUGAGAUUUGGGAGCUUGUACAAACACAUACCACAUCAUGGUAUAUCGUGACACAGUUAAGCCACAGAAAUAGGUGCACAUAUUGGUGCUAGUCGAUAUUCUUUAUCUUUUACGUUGAAAGGGUGCUUUCAGGCAGCACAGAGGAGAAGACGGUUAUAUCCUCAACAAAAAUUACAACAAACACCAAAAAGGAAAACACAAGUGUAGUUUAGUCAAUGAAAUACAAAGUGAUCCAAUCAGCAGUACGACAAGCUUAUCUUUGUUAGAUGUGAUAGAGAAAGCCCACAGAAAAGCAGUUACCAGUAACAUUCAAGCACCUCAAGUGUCCAUUGUGUUUUUAAAAGGCUCCGCUGCUGCAAAGACUUGUCAUCAAUGAAUGAGACCAUAAUAACUGGAAGAGGUGAGGUGAGAGUGCUACUUUCUCUCUUGCGAAUCAGCACGACCACCACAAAUGUACUGGAAAACUUUGGGUAAUUAAUGCCAUUUCUAAGAAGAAAUAUUUUGUUUUAAAUGUGUCUGUCUUUUGCAUUUGCACCGUUUUCUAGACAUAUCAGCAAGACAUGGGAGCCGGUGUGUCUGUCGUUGUGUAUGCGAGUUUGUUUUAAAGAAUGACUCCUUUCCAAAAGGUGAUGUCAAGUCUUCAGGCCAUUGGUAAGCCAUUCACCUGUUGCCAUAAAAGCGGCUGUGGGAUUGAAAAGGCAGCACUGCUUUACAAUUCAUACCUUUAGUGUGUCAUUUAGUCUUUUUAAAAGACCUGAGAGCCUGAAAGAAAAAGAAAAGGCGAGAAGGGAAGGACUUUUUUUUUUCUUUUCCUAGGGAGCGGUGGCAGGAUUUCCAUUUACUUUGAACUGACAGUUGAAAAAGGUCCUCAUGAGGCAGUCACCGACUUUUUCUUUUAACAGAUCUUUGUUUGAGCUGUGAGCUCAAAAAUGAAGCUAAAAAAAAGGAAGCGAUUUCAUUUCCGUUGUUUGAUUUUGGUUUUAGUCAGCUUCAAAACGUUGUCUUUUGGGCGGGACAUGCCAAACUGAACAUACAGUUGUUCAUCUUAGAACAUAACAUGCUGCUAUUUUUUUUUUAAAAACAUUAACACCGAUUUUAGCUUCUGUCUCUUCAUUUCAUUGUUAGGUACCAAGUAUAAAUGCGUAUGCGAGGAUGUGGAGGAGUCAGUGCCAGUGUUGUGGUUGGUAUUUAAUUUAUUUCUUGUGUCUGAGGUUGAAUGAAGUUGCAGUCACAGUGUUAAAAGCUUUUGCCAAGACAAAAUAUUACCAGUCAACGAUGAGUAAACUUUUGAGGCUUUGGAAUUGUCGCGUGUUGGGUUUUAUAAGAUGGUGAUUCUUCAUUUUAAAGGUCCGUCAUUUUUAAAUCAUUUUCUACUUCUUUUCUGUAAACUCCCCCAGGAAGUUAUGAGAAGGUUAUUAGGAAAAGAACCUGUAAAACGAAACAUUACCUGUAUGACUGUAUUGUAAAAUCCAUCUACCUAUGACCCAGCUUUUUGUGAAGAUAUUUGUUUUUUUGCACAUACUAGCCAUUUUCUAUCAACUUUCAGCAGUAGAGAAACUGCCUGCCAUCCUGCAAAGUCUUAAUCUCUGAAACUGAAUAUCACUUUUUUUUUUUUUGACGUUCAUCUUUCUCAACAAGUUGAAGCCUCCUCAACUUGUCAAAGCCAUAGCUUGUUUGUAAAUGUCGUACUUCAUCACUGCUGUAACUCACUUUUCUACAGAAUUUCUAGACACAUUUUGUAACACCCCACGGUUUGUUUUUUAAAUACCAUUAGUUAAAAGAGUUUCUGCAUGCCAGUUAAGGUCAGGUUUAUAAUUAAAUAGCGAUUAAAUAGUGUAGAGUAAGUUUUUGUUUUUUUGGUUAUUGCAAUAAUGCUGCAGCUUCAAUUAGCUUCCAUGCAGUAGGUUUUAGUGGUUAGUGAAUCAUCCUGGUGCCUGCAGAGAUCAACGGCGACAAAAACACACUGUUUCACACUGAAUGUUUUCUCUCGGCUAUUUAAACCAGUAGAGAAAUCACUUCUGUAUUUUACCCACUGCCUUCCGUCCGUCCAUCUGUUCACCUAGUCUGUUGUACGUCCAUGUGCGCAGAAGAACAUUAAUAUUUCCCUUGUACAGGAGGAGGGUCUCUCGGUACAUCAGAUUCCUCUACUUUUACACUCAAGAUUGCAUUUUUUUAACUAACCCUUUUUUUUUUUGGCAAACAAUUCUGUUAAAGAUCGGGGGUAUUUUGAGCAUGGUGGUAAAUGCUGAGCUCCUCAGUUGUAUCACCUGCUCGGUCAGUUGGUCAGUCACGUUGUAAGUGAGCAGAUACAGUCAGUUCUAUGUAUUUCUGUGACACAUCCGUGGACACCAAAGCAAUCUCUCUGACAAUAACCGAAACUCCCAGCGUCUCUGUUUAAGCAAUCAUAGACAGUUUAAUGGUAUAGUCUGAACAUGUAUUUAUGUAGCACUUUUUUGUAUGUUGAAAGUGCUUUCAAAUAAUUAUCCUCAAAAUAAUACAAUGAUACAGUAUCAGUUAAAUGGCCAAAUAUACAGGAAAUAUUAAAGGACGGAAAAUAGUACUCGCCAAGUUUAGUGAUGCUCCAACACUGUCAGAUAAUAGAACCUAUGAAAAUAAGACCUAAGCUGUAAUAAUGCAGAAUUAUCUUUUUUUUUUUUUUUUUUUUUUUUUAAGUGUUUUUGUUUUUUUCUACUGAAGACUGGAUGCAGUAAGGUGUUUUUGAAGCUCACUCCUAAAUGGGGGGAAAAAAGGGAGCUGCUUAGGUAACCCUGAGAUGCAGAACGUAAAUUGUCGGCAUUGAUCCUUUGUGACUGAAAACGUUUUAUCUUAUGUACAUGUCUACACCUCCCACACUCAUUUUUCACUGCUUACUGUUUCUAUUUUUUUGUUUUUAUAUUUACUUAUUUUUCCUUUUUGGGGAUACAAAAGACAUAAUUGGCAAAGUUUGUAAUGGGGUGUUUUUUUUUGUUUGUUUGUUUUUUUAACAAGGGAUUAUUUCCUACCAUGGACUUUGGCUUUUUCCCAGAGUUGUCAAAUGAUAGAAUGAAAGCAGAGCUUAAUAAUAUAGUGCAUCGCUGAUGUGGAAAAACAAAACCCACUCGCAGUGAAGUAAAACUGGGAGUUUGACAAACAUAAUCAAGGUUGCGUGGUUACUGUGAUGGAUUACCUCACUUUAUGGAAGCUGUUUUUCAUUCUCCCUCAGAACGAAUGGCAGCCAGUGGCUUCCUCUGCUGGUAGAGAAGCGAGUCCUCCAGCUGAUCAGACACCAGUAGGGAUCUGUUUAAAAUACACAAAAAACAAUACUGAUUGAAAUUUGCAUUUGGGGAAAAAGGGAUUGUGAUUUUCGACCAUGCAACAACUACCAAGGCUGGACGCUGAAGCCAGUGUAGAAAUUUCAAACUGCAACUCUUCCAACCAAACAAAAUCUCAUUGUAAUGAAGUGACAGAGCAAACUAAAUUCACAAAAAGAUAGUUAAAUGAAUGUACCAUAAUGAAUUAGGACCUCAACAUGUAUUGGGUCUUAUGUUGCCAUGGUGGUUGCCAUUUCCGUGUCUCACAACAGUUUUCCUUUGACUCCCAACUUAUCUGCUUGAUAAAAAUGCUGAUUUUAUUUUUUAUUUAUUUUUUCUUUUUUUUGACUCUGUAAACUGACAAAGAUGGUGCUGAGUGGUAAACCAAAAGCUAAACUUCAGAAAAAAAAAUAGUGUGUAAUGUCACAGAUCUUGUUUUGUUUUUCUUUUUUCUGCUGUCUGUUUCAGACAGAUGUACUUGAACACUACAAUUACUCUGUCAGUUAAAAAUAGGAUCUGUCAGAUGAAUAUUCAUAGUUGUUUUAGUUAUGGCUAAAUUCAGAGCUUGUUAAGUCUUGAUUUUCUCUGUUUUGUAUAUUCAAGGGUACAUGCAAACACUCUGCAAACAGCAAGCCAAAGUGUUCAAAUGUCACUGACUUUCAUUUGAAUUGGAAAUAUUGCACAGCCUUUUGUAUCAGGGUGGUUUCAACUGGCUGUUCUAUCUCCCCAACACAACACAACACACAACAAAAUGGGUAGAAACAACAACAGCAACGCAACUAACAGCAGCUGAGCUUGGCGUGGCAAAGCUGUGUGCCAGAUCAGGCUUUCACUUCAACAAUUUAACACGUUUUGGGGUAAAUGCACAUAAGGUUAGACGGUUUAUUUCUUCACAUGAUUUUGACUGUAUGCAUAUUGUAACUUCACUGUUUCACACGCCUCAUCUGAAGGCCUCAGUUUGAGGCUGGAAUUUGUUUUCACGGCUGAUUUCUUAACACAUCAUGUACACUUUGUGCCAUGCUUUUUUUUAUUUUUUCCUAUGUUGAUUUGUAAUGCUUAUCAUGGGAUGUACAGAAUGUACAGUAUCUUUUCAUUUUUCUUCUUUUUUUGGAGAGCUUUGACUUAACUUCUGACUUUUCACUAACAUUUCUCCCCUGUGAUCUAUGCAAAAUACGCCCUAUUGUCCCCUGUCUGAAGCUGAAAAGGUGAUGUGGACUGAUUUCAUGUGUAAAUACUGUAAAAAGCAGUGGGUCGGAAAUGCAGAGGUAUGUGAAAUAAUCAACAGGACAGAAUGAAAAUCAUGCUAAAAUAAUGUAAUGAUGAAUGUUGUCAGAAAUAUUUUUCUAUAUUUUGAAAUCAUUAGAAAAAAGGACAAAAAUACAAAGUGGGAAAAAGCUGUCAGAAGAACACUACAAAGGGAAUGUUUUUAUUAAUUUAUAAAUUCUUUGCCUAGCAAUAUCA